GUGGUUGCCGGUAAAAUACGUAUUAGGAAUUCCGAGGUAACUAAAUGAAAAUUAUUCAGCAGCUUUGAGUUAUAAAUUAGCUGGAACACAGCCUUCGAUAGCAGACCGCAGGGAUUUGUUCACUUUCGUCACUGCCAACGCCGCCAUUUUGCCUCGCACACACAUGCAAUUUUACCGUUUAACGCUGCAUUGGCAAAGAAUUUCUGCAAACUCCGCAUUUUUCACGUGUUAGCUUUGCUAUUUCCCUCAAAAUAAAACGAAGAACCGCUUCCGAAAUGUCAGAGCUAGACUGGGAUGAACCAGAUGCAGAUCAAGCUCCUGCAACGAAUAUGUAUAAGCGUGAUAGAAAUGAUUUCAACGAUAAGUACGACCGCAGCGUGAGACAUGACGAAAACUCGCGUGGUCAGCGCGGCCACGGAGAUCGAAACAUGGACGAUUAUGGUCAGGGACGCCGCGAUCGGGAGCGCGGUCAUGGUGGCGGAGGGUUUGCAAAAAGCGCGGAGUACGCCCUCACCGAAGUGAUCAACAUCGGCGCAGACAUGGUUGGUCGAAUUAUUGGCCGCGCCGGAUCUAAUGUGACUCGCAUCCAAACUGAUUUCAAUGUGCGGGUCAAUGUGGAUAAAGCCAGUUUAACUGUUAAGAUCUUGGGCAAUAUCCAGACGAACGUCAACGAUGCCGCUGAGUACAUUCGAAAUCAAAUAUCAAGCGAUUCUGGAAAUCGCGAUAGGGACAGAGGACAUGUUCGCGGCGGUGCAGUUGCAUCCAACUAUGGAGGAGGAGGAGGAGGUGGAUCAAACUAUGGAGGAGGAGGUGGGUCCAGUUAUGGAGGAGGAGGUGGUUCUAAUUAUGGAGGAGGAGGUGAAUCCGGCUAUGGCCGGUAUCGCACUGAAGGUACCAGCUAUGAGGAUGCCUCUAAUAAUAAUAAUCAAGGUGGCGAUUUAACUGGCACCAUAGAUUGGGCAGCCCUUAACAAAGCCUCUGAAGAAGCAGCAGCAGCCCGCUGGGCCAAGCUUCCCAAAUUAACAAAGAACUUUUACAAGGAGGCCCCUGAGGUGGCGAACUUAAGCGAUGCCGAUGUGAAACGCAUUCAUGCGGAGAACAAUAAUACGACAGUGGCUCUUGUGUUUGAGCCGAAGGAGGGCGAAGAAGUCCCACCCAUACCGAAUCCGGUAUGGACAUUCGAGCAAUGCUUUGCCGAAUAUCCCGAUCUGUUGGGUGAAAUCGAGAAGCAGGGCUUCCCUAAGCCCUCGCCCAUUCAGUCUCAGGCGUGGCCCAUUCUGCUAAAGGGGCACGAUAUGAUUGGCAUUGCCCAGACUGGCACAGGAAAGACGCUGGCAUUUCUGCUGCCCGGUAUGAUACACACCGAGUAUCAAAGCAUUCCUAGAGGACAGCGUGGCGGGGCCAAUGUCCUUGUGCUGGCGCCCACUCGUGAGCUAGCGCUCCAGAUUGAAAUGGAGGUAAAGAAAUAUUCUUUCCGCGACAUGAGAGCGGUUUGUGUUUAUGGAGGCGGAUGUCGUCGGAUGCAGAUCUCGGAUGUGGAGCGUGGAGCGGAGAUAAUCAUCUGUACUCCCGGGCGUCUCAACGAUUUGGUUCAGGCCAAGGUCAUAGACGUAAGCAGUAUCACCUAUCUGGUUUUGGACGAAGCGGAUCGUAUGCUGGACAUGGGCUUUGAGCCACAGAUUCGCAAGGUCCUGAUGGACAUUCGACCCGAUCGCCAGACCAUCAUGACGUCGGCCACCUGGCCGCCUGGUGUGCGCCGUCUCGCCCAAAGCUACAUGAACAAUCCCAUCCAGGUGUGCGUUGGUUCCCUCGAUUUGGCAGCCACACACUCUGUGAAGCAGGUCAUUGAGCUGUUGGAGGAUGAGUCCGAGAAGUACGGCAUCAUCAAAAGCUUUAUCAAGAAUAUGACAAAGACCGACAAGAUAAUCGUUUUCUGCGGCCGCAAGGCUCGCGCCGAUGAUCUGUCCAGUGACUUGACCCUGGACGGAUUCAUGACCCAGUGUAUACAUGGCAGUCGCGAUCAGAGCGACCGCGAACAGGCCAUUGCCGACAUUAAGUCAGGCGUGGUGCGUAUUUUGAUAGCCACAGAUGUGGCCUCUCGUGGCCUGGAUAUCGAGGACAUCAGUCAUGUGAUCAACUAUGAUUUCCCUCGCAACAUCGAGGAGUAUGUUCACCGUGUGGGACGUACGGGACGCGCUGGACGUACCGGGACUUCUAUUAGCUUUAUCACACGGUCGGAUUGGGGGAUGGCCCAAGAGCUGAUCAACAUUUUGGAGGAGGCUGACCAGGUAGUGCCUGAGCAGCUUCACAGCAUGGCCAGACGUUUCAAAGCCAUGAAGGAGCGCCGCGCUGCUGAAGGUGGUGGCGGAGGAGGACGCAGCGGCGGCGGAGGCGGAGGCUAUGGUGGUGGUGGUGGAGGUUUUCGCAGCGGCGGUGGAGGCCGCGGUGGCGGUGGUGGUCGCUUCGAUCGCUUUGACUUUUGAGUUAAUUGACAAAUUCUCCAUUACGCUCGCGAAGCACAAAAUUUCUAGUUUUAAACAAAAGAACAAAACACUCUGUGAAGCAGGCCACUGAGCUGCUGAAAGAUGAGAUGGAGACGUACAUCAUCAUCCAACCCUUUUUCAAGACGAUGACAAAGACCGACAAGAUGAAUCGAAUCUCUUUGAGGUUUUAUCAAAAUCGACAAUUCAACUAUCAAAUUCAGAGCAGACAACAAUUCAAUCUAUCAUAAGUGUGGGAUCACUUAGCAAAUUCAUUUGCUCCCAAAGCAAAAAAGUGUACAGAUUUAAGCGACUACAGCAGAGGGAAAAGAAAAAUGCUUUGAAAUUAUGUUUGAAUGUACUUAAGCCCAUAUUCCUUAUACCAAGAGGUAUCAUUGUUACAUUCGAUAUUAAAGUUUAACCAAAAAUACGUUCAAGUUAA